AUGUCCAUGAUAAAAGCAACACGCACUGAUACGCGGCACAAACACUGCCGUAAGCUGCUAUCAAAGAUCUUCCACGCCUCCGUCUGCACCUCCAGCCAAGCCCUCGACGCGCUGCACCAGCACAGGCGCGCCAUCCCCAAAUUCAAGAUCGUGAUCGAGAGACCAUCAGCGUCGCCCACUCAAGACGACGAGGAGAGCGCCACCGCGAGCGCAGAGGAAGAUGCAAGUCCUCUGGCCGACGCGUGCGGUUCGGGUUUGGCGGCCGAGUCGCGCCGUCAGGAUGGAGAUAGCGCAAACCAGGCGGGUACAGGUGCGCAGGACGUGGCGAUCGCCAAGCAGGAGGGGAACGAGGGACAGAGUGCGGAUGACGAGAAAUACGACUACGACUGGGACUACGACUGCGAAGACAGCGACGAUGGUGAUGAGGACGAUGACGAAGAAGACAGUCUCGGCAGCAUGUAUGCGCUAGCUCUCGCCGACAUGCUCGAAGGAAGCCGCAGGCUGGCAAGCGCGUCGGGCGCCUCGUCCGCUGCCUCCUCAUCCUCGAGCGCAACCCCACAUGAAGACCACCGCAAAGACUCCGCCGUCGCGAACCUCGUCUCGUUCCGGAAAGCCCGCGCAGACGAGGCGCCGAAAUCGAGCCGAUCCCGCGGAAGCCGCUGCCGGCCCGCAUGCGGCAUCACAGACUCAGCAUCCCAGGCCCGGAAGAUACAGAAGGUGGACUGCGGCACUUGGCAAGCCUGA